GGAUCCCGGAGGGUGGCGUGCGGUCUGGGUUCUGCUCCGCGGGAUCCUGCGGCGCCGCACGGGCGGGUGGGAACGCGGCGGAACUCCUGGCGCUGAGUUAGGGGCGACAGAGAGCCAUGGCGGCCACUGUGGCUACGGCAGCCGGUGCCCGCGCCGCGGCGAGGUGAGAGGACGCCUCUUUUCCACAACUGAGGAGGCCACGGCUGCCCGUCUGCCUGCAUUCCACGCGGGCCCGGGCUGCAGCAUGGCCGGGAUCAUUAAGAAGCAGAUCUUGAAGCAUCUGUCCCGGUUCACUAAGAAUCUUUCCCCGGACAAAAUCAACUUGAGCACUCUGAAAGGGGAGGGUCAGCUGACCCAUCUGGAGCUGGACGAAGAGGUUCUGCAGAAUGUUCUGGAAUUGCCUACCUGGCUGGCCAUCACUAGGGUCUACUGCAAUCGGGCCUCCAUCCAGAUCCAGUGGACCAAGUUGAAGACACACCCGAUCUGCUUGUGUCUGGAUAAGGUGGAGGUGGAGAUGCAGACCUGUGAGGACCCUCGCCCCCCCAACGGGCAGUCUCCUAUCGCCCUUGCCUCGGGACAGAGUGAGUAUGGCUUUGCUGAGAAGGUGGUGGAGGGAAUGUUCAUUGUGGUCAACUCCAUCACCAUCAAGAUCCACUCCAAGGCCUUCCAUGCUUCCUUUGAACUGUGGCAGCUCCAGGGUUAUAGUGUCAACCCCAACUGGCAGCAGAGUGACCUGCGUCUGACCCGCAUCACUGAUCCCCGCCGAGGAGAGGUUUUAACAUUUAAGGAAAUAACUUGGCAGACCCUCCGAGUUGAGGCAGACGCCAUAGAAAAUGGUGAUCAGGACCCAGUUACCACCCCACUGAGGCUCAUUACCAACCAAGGCCGCAUCCAGAUAGCCCUCAAGAGAAGAACCAAAGACUGCAAUGUGGUCGCCUCCAAGUUGACCUUCCUCCUGGACGACCUGCUCUGGGUGCUGACGGACUCACAGCUCAAGGCGAUGAUGAAGUACGCCGAGUCGCUGAGUGAGGCCAUGGAGAAGUCUGCCCAGCAGAGAAAGAGCCUGGCUCCUGAGUCUGUGCAGACCACUCCACCCGCUCCCAGUGCUCAGCAGACUUGGGCCCAGGCAUUCGGUGGCAGCCAGGGCAGCAGCAGCAGCAGUCGUCUCAGCCAGUAUUUUGAGAAAUUUGACGUGAAGGAGUCUUCCUACCACCUCCUCAUCUCCCGCCUGGACCUGCACAUCUGCGAUGACAGCCAGUCCCGAGAGCCAGGUGUCUCUGCAAACAGACUCACGGGUGGUGCUAUGCAGCUCACCUUCCGCAGGAUGGCGUUUGACUACUACCCCUUCCAUCGGGCAGGUGACAGCUGUAAACACUGGGUGCGGCACUGUGAGGCCAUGGAAACCCGAGGCCACUGGGCCCAGCAACUGGUGACAGAGUUUCAGAGUCGGGUGGAGAAGCAGUGUGAGGGGGGCAGUGUGAAGCCCCCGUGGCUGUUGGGGGUGGACCCUCCCUUCCGGAGGAAAGCAGAUUCUUUCUCUAGUCCUGGAAAGACCCCUCUGGACAAAAGCCCUACUCAGGGCCGGCAGGCUGCCUUUGGGGCUCCAGCAUGGAAUCGCUUACGCUCUAGCUGCCUGGUUGUACGAGUAGAUGACUUGGACAUCCACCAGGUUUCCACAGCUGGACAGCCAAGUAAGAAGCCGUCCACUCUGCUCUCCUGCAGCCGCAAGCGCCACCACCUCCCGCCUCAGGUGGCUGCCAUCCACGUACAGUUCACAGAGUAUUACUUCCCGGAUAAUCAGGAGCUUCCGGUUCCCUGUCCCAAUCUCUACAUCCAGUUAAACGGGCUGACGUUUACCGUGGAUCCUGUCAGCUUGCUUUGGGGAAACCUCUUUUGUCUAGAUUUAUACCGAAGCUUGGAGCAGUUUAAAGCCAUCUAUAAGCUGGAAGCUUCGAGGGGAAGAGAUGAGCACGUGGACGUCCGACUGGACGCAUUCUGGUUGAAGGUGAGCUUCCCCCUGGAGACGAGAGAGCUGGCGAAGCUGCAUCGCCCCCAGGCGCUGGUCCUCUCCACGUCCUCCAUGAUUGCCACCAAUACCCGGCAUGCCCCGAACUGCACUCGCCCAGACCUCCAAAGUCUCUUCCGGGGAUUCGCUGCCACCGAGUUCUUUCGUUGUAGCUACGGUCACUUUCCCCAGGUGGCAGGGGGCUUCAGCCUUCUGCACAUGCUCUUCCUGCACCAUGCUUUCCAGAUGGACUCCCUCCCUCCUCAGAGGCUGGCCGCAUCCCAGGAUCUUUGGUCCCUGCAUUUCACCCAGAUCUCCUUGGACUUUGAAGGCACAGAAAACUUCAGAGGCCAUACCCUGAAUUUUGUGGCUCCCUUCCCCUUGUCCAUUUGGGCCUGCCUUCCUCUCCGCUGGCAGCAAGCCCAGGCACGACGGCUCCUUUUGGCUUCGGAAGGGAGGCUAAAACAGUCAGCCAGCUUUGGCAGUCCUGUGCACUCUGAAGCCCUUGCCCCUGAGUCUGUGUCCCAUCAGAGGUCAAAGACAGAGCGAGAUUUGAAGAGCCUCUCAGGCUCUACAGAAGGCCCGGCAGCGGCGGUGAGAGAAGGUGAUGCUGGUGUGGACCACAAAGGCCGUGUGGCAGACCUGGAGGAUGUGGCUGACAUUCACAUGCUUGUCCACUCCACCGCCCAUGUCAGAGUGAGGCUCGACCACUACCAGUACUUGGCUCUGCUGCGCCUCAAGGAGGUGCUAGAGGGCCUUCAGGAGCAGCUGACAAAGGACACAGAGGCCAUGACCGGGUCUCCCCUGCAGGACCAGACCGUGUGCAUUGGCGUUCUCUUCCCUAGUGCCGAGGUGGCUCUCCUCAUGCAUCCUGCCCCUGGGACUGCUCACGCGGACUCUGCAGGCUCAGACACCACCAGCCUCAUAGACUCUGAGCUGUCACCAUCCGAGGACCGGGAGCCGAAGUCUGAUGCCUCCUCAGACCAGGGCGCAGUAAGCCCCGAGAAGGUGCUGAGGGACGGCAGCGGUGAGAACCUGGCUGCGUCCCAGGAGAGGCUGCCCAGCGAUGGAGAGCUACCAGACCCAGGCCCAUGUGCACAGCAGCCAGUAGGGAAGAGCCACGAGGCGGUCGAGUCUCUCCAGGCCAAGAAGCUAAGCCGAGCUCAGAGUGCCAGGUCCCCGGCUACGCUGAAGUCCCCGGCGGACAGGGAUGCUGCUCUGAACGGCCAAGGCGAGCCCGUGCCCUUGAGGAGCAUUGAGGGGGACCUGUCCAGCGCUAUUCACAUGACCAAGGACGCCACCAAAGAGGCGCUUCACGCUACCGUGGACCUCACCAAGGAGGCUGUGUCCCUGACUAGGGAUGCCUUCAGUUUGGGGAGAGAUCGAAUGACUUCUACCAUGCACAAGAUGUUGUCCUUGCCUCCUGCCAAGGAGGCCAUGGCCAAGCCAGAUGAGGGGGUGGUGGCCUCAGUGAGUGGGGGUGCUGCCCGGCUCCGGUUUUUCUCCAUGAAGAGGACAGUCUCUCAGCAGUCAUUUGACGGUGUCUCGUUGGACAGCGGUGGCCCCGACGACCGGAUUUCGGUGGACAGCGAUGGAAGUGACAGCUUUGUGAUGCUCUUGGAGUCUGAAUCUGGUCCAGAGUCUGUUCCACCAGGAUCUGUCACAAGCGUCUUGGAUGAUAGUGGCAUCCAGGGGAGCCCUGUUACGGAUAGUGGUGGCCAGGGGUUGCCAGAGACCAACAGCUCAGCGUCAGCCAGCGGAGACCUCGUCAUGCACUCGGUGUCAAUACUGGUCUUGAAGGUGAACGAAGUAUCACUUGGGAUUGAGGUUCGUGGUGAGGACCUGGCUGUAGCCUUGCAAGCAGAAGAGCUGGCCCUGCAGCAGCUGGGCACCGUGGGACUCUGGCAGUUUCUACAUGGACAGUGCCCAGGCGCAGGUUUUCAAGAACCCUCAAAUCUGAAGACCAACCCCAUCAGGCCUGCUGUGGGUCUGCGCUUUGAGGUGGGGCCUGGUGCAGCUGUUCAUUCCCCGCUGGCCACACAAAAUGGCUUCCUGCAGUUCUUACUUCGGGGCUGUGACCUGGAGCUGUUCACCUCAGUGCUCAACGGUCUGGGGCCUUUCUUGGAGGAUGAGGAGGUCCCGGUGGUGGUCCCCAUGCAGAUCGAGCUCCUGGACUGCAGGGUCACUCUCAAGGAUGACAUCCCUCCCGUCUACCCAACAUCCCCUGGCCCUGUCCCCAUCACUUUGGCAAUGGAGCGUCUUGUGCUGAAGCGAGGUGACGAUGGAGUGUUUCACCUUGGUGCUCCUGCUCACGACAGACCAUUGACUGACGUGCCUGAGAAGCUGCGGCUCCCUAAAGAGCAGGUGCUCCUGGUGCCCCUAGGCCAGGGCUUGGGAUGCCAGGAGAAAGAAUCGCCUACCCUCCAGCAAGAGCUUAUGGACACCAAACAAGCACUGGCCAUUGCCAACCAGGACAAAGAAAAACUGCUCCAGGAGGUUAGGAAAUACAACCCUCUCUUUGAGCUUUGACAGCAGCUCAGCCAUCUGGGCUAUGGAGAGAAACUAUCACCAGCAACAGUGCCACCUAGGACAGGUGCCGAGUGAGGAGCCGGCGGGGUUGGGGGCACACAGUCCCCUAUGUGCUUCUUGCUGGCUGCUAGCCUGGGUGGAGGACCCCACAGAGGGUGGCUGUGUCCCUGGCCCUCCACCGUGUCUUGCCAUUACGUAGCCUUGUCGUCCUCUGCACACUAGAGGAGUCUUCUCUACAUCGUAGAGCAUCUCACCUCCUGGCUUCACGGCAGUGGUGUUUGCUUCCUUCAUGGUCUAUGUGAACAAGUGUCCCCUGAGUCAUUCAUACAGCCACCGACAGAUCCUGUGUCCUGCGUGUCCUGGCGCUUCCUGUCGCAUACCUGGAAGGUCCUUGGCCUUGGAGUAGAUCAGGAAAUAGCCCAUCCUCAGGGGUUGGGGCAGAGGAGGUCUGCGAUCAGGGUGACAGGGACUUGCCUAGUUUGGAAUGGGAGCUAGGUGUGGAUCAUCUUGGCUGCUGUUCUGGGUCAAGCUUUCCUGUUGAAUUUCUUCAUUGUGAUGCUUUGACUGAAGUGGUCAGAUCAUCCUUCCCUGUGUGAGAAUUGGCUUAAGAUUUAAGUCAGGACAGUGCUCAGCUGCUCCUGAGUGCUCAGCUGCUCCUGAGUGUUCAGCUGCACCCGAGUGCUCAGCUGCUCCUGAGUGCUCAGCUGCUCCUGAGUGCUCACCUGCACCCGAGUGCUCAGCUGCUCCUGAGUGCUCAGCUGCUCCUGAGUGCUCAGCUGCUCCUGAGUGCUCACCUGCACCCGAGUGCUCAGCUGCUCCUGAGUGCUCACCUGCACCCAAGUGUUCACCUGCAUCCGAGUACUCACUUGCUCCCAAUUGCUCACCUGCUCCCGAGUGCUCAGCUGCUCUGAGUGCUCACCUGCACCCGAGUGCUCACUUGCUCUCAAGUGCUCAGCUAAGAGCAUGAUGGGUGGGUAUACAGUUGCUGUUUUCACAGCUGUCCAUGACCGGUCACUUUCUUUCUGUCCCUGCUUUCCCAGGAUUGCUGCGUCUCUCUGCCUGUGCUGACUUAAGCACUUGGUAAUUGGGAGCUAAAUGGGCUUCCGUCAGGCCUCCGACCAAGCUAAACUUAGCUGUACCCUCCUCGGUGUGCUGCCUCACUCCCCUCUAUUACUAUGGCGUUUUAAAAUCAUGUGAUUUCAACUUAAGCAAAACCGAAACCAAAGUCCUUGUAGGUUUCCUUCUGGCCCUAUAGAAGUUUCCCCCUUUGCUUCUGACUGGCAAAGCCUGGCUUUGUGGUGUGCUGUCCGGGUAGAAGCACAGCACCGGGACCCGCUUGACUUGGCAGAUGGUCCAUCCUUUGUGAGCUGGUGAUGCCACUGGAGUCCUAGUUGUGGCUGAGGGGAUGGAAGGAGAAGCAAACAGGACCCAUUCAUGGAGGGAGGAGGUCACAUUUGUUCAGACUUGCAGGAGUCAGUCAUGCUCUUCACUAAGGCAAGAUUCAGAACGCCACGUCUUACAGGACUGUGGUUUCUCCACUGAGGAGACUCAUUACAGAAUUGGGACUGACAUCUCCUGGAGACAGCCUUACCAGGUGAAGUCCCCCCAUUUCAGAUUUUUAUAAAUGACCUGGAACUUUAAAUGAAGUCAUUUACAUUAGAUGUCAUACAACUUGUAGACAAGACAAUGAAAAGCAGACCAGAGGAGAGAAGCAGCCAUAAAGCCACAGGGAAGUGAGCAAGGCUGUGAACAGCAUGCAGGAGAGGGUCAGCACAGUGCAGGGCUGGGGUGUGGCUCACUAGGGGAGUGUCUGAGCAGCAGCUCACCCAGCGAUCACAGACACUACCACAAAAAUAAGGAUUAUAUCUGAACAACAACAACAACAACUACUACUACUACUACUACAACAACAUACUCAGGAAGGAAUUCAGAGCCUUGCUGAGGGAGCAGGAUCAGCAUGAUUCUGUGGCCUAAAGCUGGAGGUGUUCCAGCACCACGUGAGGGACUUCAUCCAGCCAUUGGCAGUUCUGUUACAAAAGAGAGGUUCAGAGAGGAGUGAUUAAGAUGAAGACGUUGUCCUGCGGAGGUGAACACUGAGGGGAGUGGGGACCCAAUCUUGAAACAUUAGUCCUGGGGGCCUGUCACUGCCUCAGAGAAAAAGCACUUUUAGCAAAGUCAGAAACUGGAAGGGCUUGUUGAAGUGGUACCCCGUGUUUCUAACAUUCUUGGAAGAGAAGGGAGAGCCAGUAACUAGAAGACAUAACUUCUCAGCCUCAGGAUCACUUGAAUUAGUUUAAAAUCACAUCCCUUUGUCUUCUGCUCACCGCAUCUCCCACCCCCGGGAGAAGAUGUCUGACAACCACGGGGUGCACUGUACCCUGGAGCAUGCAGUAGGAACCUAUUUUGUGUGGAGGAAAUGCCUUAAUGGCUAGAAUGUCAGGUGUUUGAGCUGAGGGAGUCUGAGGUUCUUGUCCAUGUGCAAACAGAUGUAGUUUUGGCUUCCUUUAUGCUUUGGCCUUUUGCGUCCUGAAACCAUCCCUCAGGAACGUAAGGUUAUUCUGUGGCAUUUCAAUAAUGUCUUGUGAUUCCGUUCCCCUCUUCACUGGGGAAUAAACAGGAGAGACUUGGCUAUAAUGAAACUGGCUGUGUGGAUGUCCAGGGUAAGGGUGAUGGAAAACACAAAUAGGACAGCACAUUUGGAGUUUAGCUGUGAAGUUGCAGUUUGCAACAUGAAAUAAUACCUCAAGAAGACUUCAGGAGGGCCUGAAACACUGUCCCUCAGAGUGUCCAGCCACCGCACGUGGCCCUCCAUAGCUGCAUCAUCUGUGAUUGUCUCAAUUUCCCGGUUUACAUGCAUGUGCUGGAAAUAUGCACUGGUGUGUAUGUAGACUUAGAGUGGAGUCCGCUAACGGGGCUGCAGAGAUGGCUGUUGAUCUCUAACUCAUUUUCAGUUUACUGUAAUGAUGAACACAGUCUGUUUUAUCCCUGACCUUGACUGUGCUGUGGACUGCACUCUUCAUGGGCUCUGUGCUGAGAGGAUGGGGUCUGUGAUGUAGAAAGGGUCGAUUCCACAUCUCACAGACCCUGGAUCUGCAGUGUCUUCAUGUUAGUUUUUCCUUAGGAGCUGCAGAGAUUUUGCAUUGCAAAGGAGGUGCAAGGUCUCCUGGGUGGGAACUUCCUGUUCAGACCCCUUUCUUUCACCACCCAAGCUAGCCAAGUAACAUCUGGCUCAGACCACAAGAGCUGGGACGUGACAGUUGAUGGAGUUAGGACCUCUUGGAGACAAGCAAUGCACAAUUGUCUGGGUGACCAGGGCCUUGGAGGUGCCACCACAUCCUCCAGUCUAUCUCCAGGGUAGGUAGGGUAGGUAUGGAGAGUGGCUGGCUGUUAAGAGGCAUUUUGCCCCCAUGGCACAGGGAAAUAUUUGGUAACUGUUAAGGGUGAGGCCUUGCUAAGUGGCCAGGCCUGAGAUCUGAGCUUCCUGCUCUGUUGUUUCCUUAUCCUGCAUCCUUUAUCAAGGUAGACAUAGCUCCUGUGUGUUGCAGUUGUGAGGAAGUUUUUUUCUGUCAGUUUACUUUGUGGUGACGAGUUAGCCCGAGUCUUACAUGCUUUUUGUGGAGUGCCCCACUGAAGUGUCCUCUGCACUGGCUGAGCCAGUGAGUCUCAUUGUAAGCUCUUAAGUUAGAUCAGUCAAAUUACGUGAGUCUGAGCUGUUCCCCUAACUCAGGGUGCUACAAACACAAGACUUGCUCAGGAAAGCUUCCGAAGAGAACAGCUUCCAGCCUGCUUCCCGUGACACUCAGCAGCACACGGGAAGUGGGCCAGUGGAUUGCCAACUACAUCAGGUAGCCUUACUACUGCUAAUCACUGUCAAUAAUGUCCUUUCACUCUCCGAGGAAAGCCGUGAGAAUGGACACGGUGAACUGAACAUUGGUCAGUAUUGGGAAGGUUUACUGUUGCAAUAGCUAAUCCAACCCCGAGUGUACUGGUUCUGUGAACCACCUGAAAAGCAAAUUAAAUACUAUUAAACAGC